UGUGAAAGGAAAAACAAAAACAUUUAACAUGUUUACAAUAAAUAGGCCUAUCUGCCACUUAAGUUAUUGUCUGUGAUGGACGUUUAUCACACGCCACCUAAAUGAACUAGCACUGCUGGGAGAGACGGUGCCCCCGCUGGCAGGCAGCAGCUCUAUGAAGGCAGCUCGACCCGCACAGCUGACCGUCGUACGCGCGUCGGCCUGCUGAUCAUUAUGGAAUAUUUUCACAGCGAGAGCAGCCAAAUCCAUUUUCACCGGCGGAGAAAAGCAGCCCCGUAGUAACACAAAUUAGAAAACCAGCGUAUAUUGCCUUUUUUAUGGCUUCUGGCUCCGGAGAUGAGGAGGGAACCACGGACCGGGCUGUAUGGAGACUCAUAGGCCCGACCGCGGUGCUUUCCAAGCAGCGCUGCCGUCUGAUGUACUCCUCCCUCGGCUACGACUCUGAUGUCUGCCUCUUCUAUGUGAAGGAGUUUUUCGCUAUGGAUGCUCGCUGUUCACAUUCCGGGGACAUUGAGGAGGCUGAUGGGGUCCUGCAGGUCUUCUGCCCCUGGCAUGACUAUGACUUUGACCUCAGAACAGGGAAGUCAGGGACCUCCUUACAGGAUCCAUGUGCCAAUGAACAGUUAUAA